AUGGCGGACGCUUUCCACAUUCCAAGCUUAGACAGAAAGAAUAAAAAACACCUAACACUCCGCCCAACACUCCCCGGCGCCAAAUGCUCACCUGAUAAUGCCGAUUAUGUAGGCCGAAAGGAUAAUAUCACAGUCGAAUUCAAAUUGGGUUACCAGCCCGAGGAGUUGAGAAACCAGGACCUGAUCCCGCUAAAACAGCUUAGUGGUCAAGUUACGGUUGUUCAACAUGCGCCUAGUGGUAUUGCAAUGGUGCGAAAGGUUAUUCCUGUAGAGGGUGCACAAUCUGUCCGGAAACAGAUUGUUCGAGAGUUACGCAUUAUGCAUGACUGCCAUUCAGAGCAUGUAUUGGAAUUUUAUGGGGCCUUUGAUGAUGAUAUGAAACGUGACAUCUUGAUGUUCACAGAGUAUAUGGAUAUUGGUUCCCUCGAGAAAAUAGUACAACUUGGCUCAAUCCCAGUCGAUAUUUUGGGCAAGAUUACAACAGCCGUGUUGGGUGGCCUAACCUAUCUCUAUACCAAUCAUCGCAUUAUGCACAGGGACAUCAACCCCUCCAACAUCCUUGUGAAUGCUCGGGGUCAAUUCAAACUGUGUGGUUUCGGGGUCUCUGGCCAGUUGAUGAAUUCAAUAGCAGACACGUUUGUUGGGACAACGACGUAUAUGGCGCCCGAGAGGAUCCGAGGCUUGGAAUAUUCAGUCAAAUCUGAUGUUUGGGGCCUUGGUGUAACAUUAUUGGAACUCGCUACAGGAAGAGCUCCUUUUCAAGGAGAGCAUGACGGUGAAAAUCCUAGUUCAGUGUUGGAGUUGCUUCAAAGUAUUGUUAUCGAGCCAUCGCCCACCCUCCCUACAAACGGACCUUUCCCAUCGACUCUUUGCGAAAUGAUUGAUAAGUGUCUCAUGAAAAAUCCCAAGGAUCGGCCCACUCCGCAGGAGUUAUAUGAUUCGGAUCCUUUCAUAGCUGCUGCAAUGCAUACCCAAGUCGACCUUACAAGUUGGGCUACCACUGUUAUGAAGCCUGCUUUAUCCGACAAUGUGCAAGGCGGAGUAUCUGGUCAACCAAAAUCCGCGGCAGAUCCUCUUCCGAUGUCCCAUAAACUGGACGUAAAAUCGGCUGAGGAUACAAUGGCCAUCGAAGGCCUCCUCCUACAUUUGCAAAAUAUGGCUUCGAUGAAAGACUUGGAUCGUGCAAGGAAAUCGCCAGCAUCCCUUUGCGCUCGUUGCACAGUGCUGGUGCAGGAUUUUCAACCAGCUACCUUGGAUAAGCAGGAAGUUAACGGAGGCGGGGCAAAAGAGUGCCCGCUCUGCCGAAUUAUUCUCGAUUGCCUUCCAUCCAUGGGAGAGCCUCAGAUAUCAAACGCCAAACCCUCAAAUAGGCCACAAAACAAUAGCCAUCUGGUCCUAAAAGUCGGAAGCCAAUAUGAUUUAAUGAAUCAUGUAAUGGAAACUGAGGCUGGACUUGAAGAUCUAACUACUGGAUCCCAUAGCUCGUUUCAGAUGGCCGCAGCAUGGAUGAAGUCAUGUCUUACGACCCACAGCAAAUGCAUUGCGGCAGCAAAUCUUACCUUGCCUAUCCUCCCCACACGUGUCGUGGAUGUAGGCGGCCCUCACGAGACAGGGAACGUUCGACUCCACAUGGGCGGUGGGCAACGAGCCUUAUAUUUUACCCUGAGCUACAGGUGGAGCCAGAAGAAACCUGUGGAUUUCGAAACUACCAUUUCCAACCUGGAUGCCUACAGAAAUUCCAUCUCACUAGAGACCCUCCCUCAAACUAUGCAGGAUGCUAUCGCUACCACAAGGAGAUUCGGCAUUCGAUAUCUUUGGAUAGACGCUCUUUCCAUUAUUCAAGACUCCCGGGAUGACUGGGUAGCAGAAGCACAGCAAAUGGCUAAGAUUUACAAAAAUUCCCUUCUGACUAUCGCCGCCGCAACUGAUGGUGAUGCAUGGACGGAAGGUUGCUUCCAAGCCCGAGCAAGAAUGCAACCUCGGCCUUUGAUGGUCAAGCCGCACUCUAUUGGCACACCAGCCAAGUAUAUCUUCGCUGAUCGAAGGCUCACUGGUGAUGGCAUAAGGCCACCUAGCGCUUUAGACACAAGAGCUUGGGUCCUCCAGGAACAACUCCUUUCACCUCGCAUCCUGACGUAUUCCAAUAAAGAACUAUAUUGGGAUUGCAAGUCCACAAACGCCUCUGAAACCUUCCCCAAUGGAAUCCCGGGGUUUUAUGAUGCAGAGCUCAAGCACUUAGAUGAGAGACUCUUUAAAGAAGUAAUACUAAGCACCACCAAGACUGAGAUCAGUCCUGAUCGCUUUUAUACUUCCUGGAAGAAGAUCGUGGAAGCAUAUUCAGCGCGGCAGAUGACCAAAGAAAUAGACAAGCUCGGGGCUCUCUUAGGCCUAAUCAACGAAGGAUCUACAUUCUUUGGAGGAGAUUUAUAUCUUGCUGGGGUGUGGAGAAAGAGAAUCUGCACAGAAUUGUUGUGGUGGGUGCGGAAACCAGAAGAGGCUACUCGUCCUACGUAUUUCACUGCUCCGAGUUGGUCUUGGGCCUCUUUAAAAGCGCCGAUAUCGUAUGAUUUAGGUGGCUUCGACAGUGAUGAGAGUAUUCAAGUCUGCGCUAAAGUUUUUGGUUACGGAUAUACCAGGGAAAAGACUGAUGAUAGUCGGGCGAUUCUAUCUGGGCAUAUAACGCUUCAUGGGAAAUUGGUUCCGUUGAGACCACAGGUACCAUUGAAAGUAGAUGGUUCGAGCCAUUCAACGCAAUUACCAGCCCCUCAGAUCCCCUCUCCCACCUGGAUGGAAGACAUUAACGGUCCUGAUCCAUCGUUAGUCAGAUGCAUAGUAAUUGCAGCCUCCUAUCACUAUGUAUAUGCCGUCGGACUCAUGGAGUUUGGCGGCGAUGACACGCAAUACAAGCGAGUUGGUUUGGUCCAUUGGAGAGCUUCCCCGGAUUUGUUUGGCUGGAAUCGCGCCAAGAGUAAAUGGAAUGAGGAAGGGGAGUUGGAGACCGUCAAAAUCGUGUAG